AUGCCCACUCGGAGUAACGACUACACUAUUGGCUGGAUCUGCGCUCUCCAUACGGAGCUCGUUGCUGCACAAGUCUUUCUCGACGAAAAGUACCCAGAGCCGGAAGAUCUGGACCAGAGAGAUGACACCAGCUACAUACCAGGCAAGAUUGGGGGUCACAAUGUUGUCAUUGCUGUCUUGCCAGACGGCGAAUAUGGCAUAACGAGCGCGGCAAGGGUCGCGACAGACAUGUUGCGUAGCUUCCCUAACAUCAGACUUGGUUUGAUGGUCGGCAUUGGCGGCGGUGCUCCAAGCAGACGUGAUAUCCGUCUUGGGGACGUUGUAGUCAGCGCUCCUGUUGACGGAAUUGGAGGUGUGUUUCAGUACGACUUUGGCAAGACGAUACAAGGUCAGGCCUUCCAAACAACAGGGUUUCUGAACCAGCCCCCGCCAGUCCUGCGAGGAGCGGUGAACGCACUCAACGCGAUGUAUGAAUCAGAUGGACAUAGUUUCAAGAGAGCUAUUGAUAGCAUCCUAGAGGAGAAGCCAAAGCUGCGGAAAAAGUACGGGCGGCCAGAUCCAAGCACCGACAGGCUGUAUAAAAGCAGCGUCAUUCAUCCUCCGGGCGAUGAAGCCAGCUGUGCGACAACCUGUGGCGAAGAUCCGUCAGUCUUGAUAUCGCGACCUGAACGGACUGAAGAGGAGAACGAUCCGGCGAUUCACUAUGGUUUAAUUGCCUCGGCGAACCAGCUGAUGAAGGACGCUUCUGUGAGAGACAAGUUGGCAGAGGAGAAGAAUGUUUUGUGUUUUGAGAUGGAAGCAGCCGGCUUAAUGAACAGCUUUCCCUGUUUGGUUGUACGUAUUGUGUGUGAUUACUCGGAUUCGCAUAAAAACAAGCAGUGGCAAGGGUAUGCAGCGAUGGUGGCAGCUGCGUACGCGAAGGAUCUUCUUAAGCAGGUUCGUCCAAAUCGAGUCGAGGCUGAGAAGAAAAUCAGCGAGAUACUAUCUUCUGGUUAG